AUCCUCUUGAAUUAUAAACUCAUUAUUAUCAGCAAAGAACUUUAAACUUAUCAACGAGACAUAUUUCACCUUUUACUUCUCUCAACAGGUAACACUUUCAUUGCAAACAUGAAUAGACUAAUGGUAUUUGGAAUCAUCUGUGAAAAUAAAACAAAGGUUUCUCUUCUCUAUGCCACACACACGAUUUCCAUUAAUGGUUUUACGUCACACGUCAACAUCGAGGCUGAAUAUAUAAAUGAAAGCCAACACAAGACAGAAGCUAAGUUUGUUUUCCCUGUGGAAGAAGACAGUGCCGUAUAUAAAUUCGAAGCUAAAAUUGGUGAUGUCCAUUUAGUUGCCAAAUCUAAAGACAAAGAUGUUGCCAAAAAGGAAUACAAAGAAGCUGUAGAUAAAGGUCAGUCUGCCAUUUUGUUGCGAGAGACAAGUACAUCUGGCGAUAUUUUUGAGUAUAGUUUAGGUAAUAUUCCAGCAAAUGAAAAGAUCCUUUUACAAAUAUGCCUUGUUUCUGAACUUUCUUGUGAAGUUGAUGGGGCAGUGAAAUUUCAUAUGCCAUUUGUGCUUAAUCCCAGAUAUGGUCUUAAACCUGCAGAUGAAAAUUAUCAAAAUGCACCUAAACCAAAAGAGUUUAGUUUCAAUGCCUCCGUCAACUGGAAUUCACAAAUCAAAGACAUCAAAUCAGAACAUCCAGUUAAGGUGGAAUAUCAGGAUAACAAGUGUCAUGCAACUGUGAGAAUGGCAAAGGAAUUCAGUUUUGAGAAAGACCUUCUUCUGCAAGUGUACUAUGAAGAUGUAGAAAAACCACAAGUAAUUUUAGAGAAAGGAGAUGAGAAUUCUAAAGGAAUGUUUUCUAAAGAUAUUAUGAUGAUAAAUGUAUUUCCAAAACUCCCGCAAGUGAAACAAUCUGCCGCUAAUGACUAUAUUUUUGUUAUUGAUCGCUCAGGAAGCAUGAGUGGAGAGAAAAUUGAAGCAGCAAAAGAUACUUUGUUACUUUUCUUAAAAAGUUUACCUUUGGAUUGCUCAUUUAAUGUUAUCAGUUUCAAUAAUGAUUUUGAAUUUCUGUUCAAAGAAGGAAGCCGAGAAUAUAGUGAAGAUUCUCUGAAUGAAGCAUUGAAAUUCCAGAAAAAUCUAUAUGCUUCAGGAGGGACAGAAAUUCUUGAUGCACUGAAAUCACUCUCUGACAAAAAACCAUUUCAAAAUUUCCAUCGACAAGUAUUCUUAAUAACUGAUGGUGAAGUCUACAACACAAACGAUGUCAUUCAAUUGGUCAAGUCACAAGUAAACAACACACGAUACUUCACAAUUGGUAUUGGUUCUGGAGCUUCUACAGAAUUGGUCAAAGGUAUUGCCUGCGCAGGGAAGGGACAAGCAGAGUUUGUGAUGACAAACGACAACCUUAAGGCAAAAGUUAUGCGUUUAUUAAAAUUGUCAAUGCAACCAUUUGUAUCUUCGGUUUGUCUCUCUGCUAAACAUGGUGAAAACAAUAAAGAAUUAUCCUUUAUUUCAGUUCCAGAAAGGCUGCCAUGUAUUUUCAGUGAAGAAAAAUUAAUCCUUUAUCUAGUUUUGCAUGAAACUGAGACUAGUUGCAAAAAUGUGAAAUUGAAUCUUUGUGGUAAAAUUGGUGAAUCAGACUUUUCACUUGAUUUUGAAGCAAGGUUGUUCAGACAGAAUGAUAAAGAAAUGACAAUACACCGUCUUUGUGUGAAAAGGAAAAUACAAGAACUGGAAAUAAAUGAAGAUUUGGGUAAAGGCGAUGAAAUAAAAUCAGAGAUUGUCAAUUUGGGUACAGUGGCUAAUUUGGUUUCAAAGUACACAGGUUUUGUUGGUUUGAAGAAGCUUAUUCCGGAAUGUAAGCCAAUGUCUCAAAGGGCUUCUUGUUCAGUGCCAGGAUCACCACCACCACAGUAUUUAGAAGAAGAGUUUGAAUGCAUGAGUUUUGAUUCUGUAGAUUCUAGUACUGAUUUUGUGGAUUCUGGUUUUGAUUUUGUAGAUUCUCGCUGCUUGUCUUGGGCAUUUAGAAGAUCAUUAAAUGUGAGUGAUGUAGAAUCCUUUAUGUCUUCUAAGACAACAAAUGAGGACAUUUUAACAUGUUUGGUUGACCUACAAGCUUUCUCUGGUUUCUGGAAUCUAGACGAUCAAUUGGCUCAAGCUCUCAAUAUUUCUCUUAAGGAUCUGAACGAUGAGAAUCCAUCUGUUAGUGAUAAAGUAUGGGCUACAGCUCUUGUUGUUGCUGUACUAAGAGAAAAAUUAGCUUCCCAGCACUGUGAAUGGGAAUUUAUUGAAAAGAAAGCAAUUGUGUGGCUGGAAUCUCAGAAUAUACAACCACUGUAUUCAGAGAAGUUACUAGAAAAAGCUACAAACUUCAUAAAAAACAAAAUGGUUGCCUAACGAUUUCUGUUUAUUUCAUAUUUUAAGACUUUCACUACUGUAUAACUGAGAAAAAUACCUUAACAUUUUAACUUGUAUAUCAUUACUUUUACUCAGCUAAUUCCUGUAACAGAUCAAUAAACAAAUAUUUUAUAUAUCUAUACAGCUGUAAAAUAUAAUAAAAUAUAAAACCAUAAUCCUUA